AUGCAGACAUCCGCGGAGAGCGUCGCACCGACGACAUUCACCUUCUCACAAGACUGGAGUGUUCUUGGACCGUGGCAGAUAGGCACACGAGAGGCAAGCUGGGGAUCUGAUCCUCUCGAACGACUCGGCGGCUUUCGUGCUCUCGAAUAUAGCAGCUCAGCAACAUAUCGAACCUCUCUUGCGAUCAAUGGCACAAUCGGCUGGACGAACCUGACUGCCGAGCUAUCGACUUCGUCUCCAGAGCCAGGUCCUGGUCAUGCAUCUGCAGCAUUCACGGUAGCAUUCCCAGACGUCGAAUGGCUGAACCUCACCCAUGUAUACGGCUGGGCUGCGUUGCAGUGGCAAGCAUGGGCGAGAGGAGAGAUCAUCGUUCAGUCUGACAAGACCGAGCUUCUGACUCUGUACACACCUCAAAUUCUCGAAUACUGGAUUGACGAUGUGCACUACUUCGGAGCUGACUUCUACAGUUAUCAGCGAGCGCCAGUAACGUUGCGGUUGACGCCGGGCUCCCACAAGAUAGAUGUUCGCAUCGUGAGAGACACUCGCGCCAUGGGAGGUGUUGGCGAUCCUGUCGUUGCGGUGCAGCUUGAUCUCAAGGCAAGUAGUGGCGGGCUGAAGCCAGCUUUAUCGACCGGGUCGAACGUACUCAUCUCUGACUUUGUGGGCGAUGAGCAUGAUGCGGUGCUAGCCAGCCCGUUUACAUCGAUCACGGUCAGAAAUGAUGGGGAAGAGGUCAUUACGAUUGACAAGAUUACAGCAAAUCUCAACAUCUGCACUGCAGAGCUAGAUGGAGAGGUAACGCUGCUACCAGGACAGACCAGGCCGGUGUCAUUCAAGGUCGGGUGUGUGAGUCCAACAGUCGGCGUGCCAUUCUUACACUUCGACCUGGAGUAUCACUCUGGAAGCCAUGAAAGGCAGGUGCUUAGCGUCUCUGCUGGUGUGCGCAUCGUAGGCAUCCGAGAUCCACACAAGGUGACUUACAUGCAUCCGGGCGGCAUUGUGUCAUACGCAAUUCUCCGUCCACCUUCAAAAACUGCGGCUGGGCUAGCACAGGAACACGAGUCCUACCCUAUCCUUCUGAAUCUCCAUGGAGCUGGAGUCGAAGCAGAUAGCGAUGAACUUCGGCACUCACUCGACGCCGCCGCAGAUCUCAAAGCUUGGGCCCUUUGGCCGACUGGUGUAACACCCUGGUCUGGCGAUGACUGGCACGCCUGGGGCUUUCGUGAUGUCGAGGCUGCUGUGGGAGCGAUCUCGGACUGGAUUUCCCACAUCGAUUGGACUGGACCCGGUGUGGAUCAAAACAAGUGGCUUGCUAGCGGACAUUCGAACGGAGGUCAAGGAACUUGGUACACACUGCUUCACAGGCCUGACAAGGUCUUCGCUGCAGCGCCAAUCAGCGGCUAUUCAUCGAUUCAAAAUUAUGUGCCAUACACCCUGUGGCAAGUGGCAGACCCCGGACGUACAGCAAUUGUCCAAGCAUCUCUGGGCAGUUACCGCCAUGAAAUGCUCUUGUCGAACGCGAAGGACAUACCUGUUCUGCAGCAGCACGGCGGAGCUGAUGAUAACGUACCUCCUUACAAUUCCAGGUUGAUGGCGCAGAGGAUUCAGCAAGCCGGUGCCGAUAGUACAUAUGUUGAGAUCCCUGGUCAGCCACACUACUGGGAGGGUGUGCUCACUACUCCACCUUUGAAAGAAUUUUAUGAGCAGCAGCUUGCGCUCUCAAACGGAAAGACUACCGGAGUGCCACUCAAUCUGCGCGACUUCACCCUGACAGUGGCCAAUCCUGGAGAUACAGGGUCGAAGAAUGGCGUGAAAGUGCUGCAGCUGGCAGUGCCUGGUCGCUAUGGAAGUAUUGAUGUCGUGUUCGAUCCACUCGCGGCAGCAUGCGUCCUUACUACCACCGGUAUCAAAAUGUUCUUCUUGCCGUCGUACUUUCGAGACUGCAGUUCUGUCAUCUUGGACGGUCAGAAGCUAGAUUUACCGAUUCAAUCCAUCGAGGACAAGGUCGAAGGCACAACAUUGACAUUCAGCGCUGGGCAAUGGCGCACGGACUCACACACCGACAGCAUCCCACCAGCCUGGUAUCGUCGUGAUCGACAGCUCGGCGCCAUGGACGCAGUCCUGCGCACUAACGGUGCCUUCUCCAUCGUUCAGCACACGAACAGCUCCGCAGCCUCUCACAUCGCACUGCAAAUCUCCCGUAACCUGUGUCAAUACUUCGCUGCCGACACUACAAUCACGACCGACUACAACUCAGCCCUAGAACAUACAGGCAACAUCAUCAGCAUCGCCAUCGGCAACGACCUGCCUCCCAGCUUCUACAAAGAACAUCCCAUCGAACUCAGCUCGAAGGACGUCUAUAUUCGUGGCGGGCCGCGAUAUCAUGUAGUUGCAGGUCGUGGCUUAGCAGCGAUCUUCCUGAGACCAUUGCCAUUGGGACGACUUGAGCUUGUGGUCUGGGGCUCUGAUGAGGCGAGCUUGCCGCUGGCUGCGAGACUUGUGCCGCUGAUGGCUGGAGUUGGACAGCCGGACUUUGUGAUUGCGGAUGGGAGGAUGUUGUGGAAAGGUCUGGAGGGGACUUUGGCUUUGGGGUUCUUUGGCAGCGAUUGGGAGGUUUCGAGGAACUCGUUCUUAUCUUAG